AUGUUCCUUCCCAUCUAUCUAUCUAUCUAUCUAUCCUAUCUGUCUAUCUAUCUAUCUAUCCGUCAUCUAAGUGUCCGUCUGUCUGUGUAUGUAUGUAUAUAUCUAUGUAUUCAUGUUCCUUCCCAUCUAUCUAUCUAUCCAUCUAUCUAUCUAUCUAUCUAUCUAUCUAUCUAUCUAUCUAUAUCUCGUCAUAUGUCUGUCUAUGUAUGUAUCUCUGUAUGUAUGUAUAUAUAUAUAUCUAUGUAUCCUGUCCUAUCCAUCUAUCUAUCUAUCCAUCUAUCCAUCUAUCUAUCCAUAUAUCUAUCUAAGUCCCUGUCAUAUGUCUGUCUGUGUAUGUAUAUAUGUAUCUGUAUUCAUGUUCCUUCCCAUCUAUCUAUCUAUCUAUCUAUAUAUCAUAUGUAUCCCUCUGUGUAUGUAUGUAUGUAUCUAUAUAUUUAUGUUCCUUCCCAUCUAUCUAUCUAUCCAUCUAUCCAUCCAUCCAUCUAUCAAUCCAUCUGUGUCCAUCCAUCCAUCCAUUCAUCCAUCCAUAUCUAUCAUCCAUCUAUCUAUAUAUCCAUCUAUCUAAGUCCCCGUCAUAUGUCUGUCUGUGUGUGUAUGUAUGUAUAUAUAUUCAUGUUCCUUCCCAUCUAUCUAUCUAUCCAUCCAUCCAUCUAUCUAUCUAUCUCAUCCAAGUGUCUGUCUGUGUGUGUAUAUAUCUAUGUAUAUAUGUAUAUAUCUAUCUAUCUAUCUAUCUAUCUAUCUGUCCCUAUCCAAGUCUCGUAUCCAUCCAUAUAUAUAUGUAUAUCCAUCCUUCCUAUCUAUCUAUCCAUCUAUCUAUCUAUCUAUCUAUCCAUGUCUGUCUCGUCAUAUGUAUGUCUAUGUAUGUAUGUAUGUAUCUAUGUAUUCAUGUUCUGUCCCAUCUAUCCAUCUAUCUAUCUAUCUAUCUAUCUAUCUAUCUAUAUCCCGUCAUAUGUCUGUCUGUGUAUGUAUGUAUGUAUCUAUGUAUUCAUGUUCCUUCCCCAUCUAUCUAUCUAUCUAUCUAUCUAUCUAUCUAUCUAUCUAAGUCUCGUCAUAUGUCUGUCUGUGUAUGUAUGUAUGUAUCUAUGUAUUCAUGUUCCUUCCCAUCUAUCUAUCUAUCUAUCUAUCUAUCUAUCCAUCUAUCUAAGUCCCGUCAUAUGUCCGUCUGUGUAUGUAUGUAUGUAUCUAUGUAUUCAUGUUCCUUCCUAUCUAUCUAUCUAUCUAUCUAUCUAUCUAUCUAUCUAUCUAAGUCUCGUCAUAUGUCUGUCUGUGUAUGUAUAUAUGUAUCUAUGUAUUCAUGUUUCCUUCCUAUCUAUCAUCUAUCUAUCUAUCUAUCUAUCUAUCUAUCUAUCUAAGUCUCGUCAUAUGUCUGUCUGUGUAUAUGUAUGUAUGUAUUCAUGUUUCAUUCCUAUCUAUCUAUCUAUCUAUCUAUCUAUCAUAUGUCUGUCUGUGUAUGUAUGUAUGUAUCUAUAUAUCAUAUAUAUAUCAUCUAUCUAUAUCUAUCUAUCUAUCUAUCUAUCUAUCUAUCUCGUAUAUGUCUGUAUGUGUAUGUAUGUAUGUAUUCAUGUUCCUUCCUCUAUCAUCUAUCUAUCUAUCUAUCUAUCUAUCUAUCUAUCUAUCUAUAUGUCUGUGUAUGUAUGUAUCUAUGUAUUCAUGUUCCUUCCUAUCUAUCUAUCUAUCUAUCUAUCUAUCUAUCUAUCUAUCUAUCUAUGUCUGUCUGUCUGUAUAUGUAUGUAUGUAUCUAUGUAUUCAUGUUCCUUCCUAUCUAUCUAUCUAUCUAUCUAUCUAUCUAUCUAUCUAUCUAUCUAUAUAUCUCGUCAUAUGUCUGUCUGUGUAUGUAUGUAUGUAUCUAUGUAUUCAUGUUUCCUUCCUAUCUAUCUAUAUCUAUCUAUCUAUCUAUCUAUCUAUCUAUGUAUCUAUAUCUAUGUAUGUAUGUCUGUCUGUGUAUAUAUAUAUAUAUCUAUAUAUAUCCAUCCCCUCCCAUCUAUCUAUCUAUCUAUCUAUCUAUCUAUCUCUCUCGUCAUCUGUCUGUCUGUAUGUAUAUGUAUCUAUGUAUUCAUGUUCCUUCCUAUCUAUCUAUCAUAUCUAUCUAUCUAUCUAUCUAUCUAUCUAUCUAUCUAUCUCGUCAUGUCUAUCUGUCCAUGUAUCUAUGUAUUCAUGUUUCCUUCCUAUCUAUCUAUCUAUCUAUCUAUCUAUCUAUCUAUCUAUCUAUCUAUCCAUCUAUCUAUAUAUGUAUAUGUCUGUCUGUGUAUGUAUAUAUAUAUAUAUGUAUCUGUCUAUCCUAUCUAUCUAUCUAUCUAUCUAUCCAUCCAUCUAUCUAUCUAA